AUGCUUUCUGAAAGCAGUUUGUUUUUGAAGGGGGUCCUGCUCGGAAGCAUUUUUUGCGUCUUGAUGACUGUGCUAGGACACAUUAGGAUGGAUUAUGGGAAGAGAAGGCGGCACUCUGAGCAUCGCCACCUACAAGCUCCUAAAGAAGAGAUCUUGACACUUGCAGAGGGUGAACGCCUGGACCUCCGUAAAAGCUUUCGGGUAUACUGUAUCAUCCUCGUGAAACCGAAGGAUGUGCGCCUCUGGGCUGCCGUGAAGGAGACGUGGACCAAACACUGUGACAAAGCAGAGUUCUUCAGUUCUGAAAAUGUUAAAGUGUUUGAGUCAGUGAACAUGGGAACUAAUGACAUGUGGUUAAUGAUGAGAAAAGCUUACAAACACGCCUUUGAUAAAUACAGAGACCAAUACAACUGGUUCUUCCUUGCACGCCCCACUACGUUUGCUGUUAUUGAAAACUUAAAGUACUUUCUGCUAAAAAAGAAUUCAUCACAACCUUUCUAUCUAGGCCACACUGAAAAAUCUGGAGAUCUUGAAUAUGUGAGUGUGGGAGGAGGAAUUGUCUUAAGUAUAGAGUCAAUUAAAAGACUUAACAGCCUUCCCAGUAUUCCUGAAAAGUGUCCUGAAAAGGGAAGGAUGGUUUGGGAGGUAUCUGAAGAUAAGCAGCUUGCGGUCUGCCUGAAAUAUGCUGGAGUGUUUGCAGAAAAUGCAGAAGAUUCUAAAGGAAAAGAUGUGUUUAAUACCAAAUCUGUUGGGAUUUUUAUUAAAGAGGCAAUGACUAACCAUCCCAACCAGGUGGUGGAAGGAUGUUGUUCAGAUAUGGCUAUUACUUUUAAUGGGCUGACGAGUAAUCAGAUGUAUGUGAUGAUGUAUGGGGUAUAUCAUCUAAGAGCAUUUGGGCAUGUUUUCGAUGAUGUGUUGGUUUUCCUACCUGUGAAUGGUUCUGACAAUGAUUGA